AUGAGAAAUAAAAAUGUGUAUAAUGCCCAACGUGAAAGAGAUUACAUUGAUGACUGUCUGCGUCAUGUUGGCAGUAGACAACAUUUAUUUUAUGAAACGCAUAUUUGUCCAGUAUACCGCGUAAAUGCAAAUGCAGCUGAAGUAUACUCUGAAUCAAGAGCGCUUACACUACUGGAAAAAUAUCACCGUAAAAGGCAGUCCCACUGUACUGGGAGUUUAUUAGAAGAUCGUAUUAGUUUUGAACGCAAUAAAUCAUCUGGUAAAAUACCAUUUCGCCCAUGGGUUUCGUAUAAAGAAAUUAAAGAGCUUUUCUUGAGCCGAACAAGACCACAGUUUUUUGUACUUUGUAUAGAUUCCAUGUACAGUUCAAAUAGAUACUAUGAAAUAUACAAAUGCAAAAUUUCCGAAACGUCACAAACUGUAGCGGAAUAUCUUAGGCGAGCUAUGAACGAUACGGAUAAAGUGUUGCGGGAUUUAACAUCCAUACGUCAAGUUGUUGUUGAUGAUAUAGGUCGAGUUCGAUCAGUGAGUAACUUCGAAGUUGAGGACAAUCGUGCCACACUUCCAGUAGCAGAAAAUUAUCACCAUGUUAAUUCGACUUAUGGAUAUAAUACAUCACCAAUUACAAUAACACCACUUAAACAAAGUUAUACUCCUCAACUAGAUGGUGAUAACAGACGUCGACUUGUCGACGGUUUAUUGGAUGUAACAUACCUAACUUACGACCCACAUAAAGGCAUUGUAACCAAUAAUCAAGGACCAGUCUAUUUAUACAUGUGUCGACCAAGAAGUCAAUCCGGUGUUCGGACAACUUCAAACUAUUCAGACAGACGAAGCAGUUAUGGUUAUCACGAUGAAAACCACCAUAUUGUUUACAGCUACAGAAGAGAUGAAAAAACUAAAGAAGAAUAUUCUACCUAUAACUAUUAAAAAAUGCAAGCCUAAAUGAUAUAAUUAUUUAGUGUACCACAAAAUACUACCAGGAAGACAUAAUAUUUGUUACUUACACAGUGAGUAUUUAUGAUUAUUUUAGCUUAAUAUAAAUAUAAAACUUUCUGCUAACCAAAAGUGAAUACUUUUCUGAAAACGGCCUCUUUAUUUAUUGCACUCCAAUGGCUUCCUGCUUUUUGUGUAAAUGCUGGCUAAUCCCUGAGUCUCCGACUGUGACUGAAUAAACACUAUUCAACAAACA